GGCCUUAAAGCCCAUAGAACCCGACGACAUUUUUGGCAGGUAGGAGUUGCCUUUUUUUUUUCUUCUUCUUUUCACCUUCCUUGCUUGAACCCACCGUUUUAGAUCUUUUUUUGCCAUGCCGAAAAAGACAGUGAAGUUUGCAGCCAAGCUUCACGAAAAGGCCCCAAAGACUUCCAAGGAGCCUGCUAAGGCUGAUGCCAAAAUCGCCAAACCUGCCCUUCGAACGAAAUCGACUGCACAACCCGCUACUGCUACUACGAAGACCAUGACAGCAGCUGCACCAAUCCGUGGCAAGCGAUCGUCAAAGAAGCGCGCUGCCGAGAUCGUGGAAGAAAGCGAUGACGACAGCGAUUCCGAUUAUGGUGAGAUCAACCUUGAUGCAGACGAUGCGGACGACGACGAUGACGAAGAAAUCGAGAUGCAAGAAAACGAUAUCGACGAAAGCGACAGUGAAAUCGAAGAGUUCCCUGAAUUGAGCAUUAGCAGCGACGAAGACGAUAGUGACUAUAACGACGAAAAGGCCGAUGCCGAUUUGGCCGAGGAAAGCGAUGAAGAAGACGAGGAGGAUGAAGAGGAAGAUGACGAUUAUAUGGCUGGCGACAGUUUGGAUGAAGCUGAUCUGGAAGAGGAAGAUUUGACCAAGCAGAAUCCUUCGCUUGAGAAAUUGCCAGAGAUUGAGGCCAACUAUGAUAGUGACAGUUCGACAGAAGAGACCGAAAACACUGUCGGUAACGUGCCAGCAGAUUGGUACAAGGAUAUGCCCCACAUUGGCUAUGACAUUGAUGGCAAAAAGAUCUUGAAGCCAGCAACUGCAGACGAACUCGAAAAGUUCUUGGCUACAAUGGACGACCCAGACUCGUGGAAGACUGUGCGUAGUGACAAGGAGGGCAAGGAUAUUGUAUUGAACGACGAGGAAAUGGAUAUCAUUCAACGGUUACAACGAGGUAUUAUCCCUGAUUCUGAUUACAAUCCUUACGAGCCAACAGUGGAAUGGUUCACCAGCAAGACCGAACAAAUGCCCUUGUCUGCCCGACCUGAACCCAAGCGCCGUUUCAUUCCUUCCAAGUGGGAAGCUAAGAAGGUCAUGAAAAUUGUCAAAGCUAUUCGCCAAGGCCGAAUUGUUCCAAGAAAGCCAAAGGAUGAAAAGCCACGAUUCUAUAACUUGUGGGGAGAAGAUGAUAAGCCGCGCGAGGAUCACAUUAUGCACAUUGUUGCACCAAAGGUGAAGCUGCCAGAACACGAUGAAAGUUACAACCCACCCGAAGAAUAUCUUCCCGACGAACAGGAGACCAAGGAAUGGAACGAAAUGGAUCCUGAAGAUCGACCAAAGAACUACCUUCCCAAAAAAUUCAAGAGCUUGCGCCAUGUCCCGGCAUACGACCGAUUUAUCCAGGAACGAUUCCAGCGUUGCUUGGACUUGUAUUUGGCACCGCGUGUGCGAAAGAACAGACUCAACGUCGACCCCGACUCCCUCAUACCAAAACUGCCAAGUCCCAAGGACUUGCAGCCGUUCCCUACAGCCCAGUCUCUCUCUUACGACGGUCACACUGCACGCAUCCGUUGCCUGUCUGUGCACUCCUCUGGACUCUACUUAUUAUCAGGCUCUGACGAUCAUACCAUCCGCAUGUGGGAGGUUUCUACGGGACGCUGUCUCUUCCUAUGGCAAUUCAAGGACGUGAUUCAUGCGAUUUCUUGGAACCCCAACCCUGACAUCUGGCUGUUUGCUGUAUCCGUUGGCCACGGCGAAGUGCUCUUGGUCUCGCCACCAAGGAUCUGUUCUGGCGAAGUUGCCAUGGCGACGGACCAAUACAUCAAGGCCGGCUACACCCGACCUGUCUCAGAUGAAGAAAAGACACGACAAGUGGUUAGCUGGUCUAAACCUUCUGAGAAGGAUGAAGAGAAAUACGGUUUCAAAGUACGAUUGCAACAUAGCCAAACUGUUAAGCAGGUUACCUGGCAUCGCAAGGGCGAUUAUUUCGCAACAGUUGCACCGGAUGCUCGACAGGUGCUGAUCCACCAGGCAACCAAGCAUCAGACACAAACUCCAUUCAAUCGACUCAAGGGUAUCGUCCAAAAGGUCGCCUUCCAUCCUAUAAAACCAAUCUUCUUUGUCGCGACUCAAAUCUAUGUACGAGUAUACGACUUAAUGCAACAGCAAUUAGUCAAGACUCUGCAGCCCGGCGUAAAAUGGAUUUCAAGUGUUGAUGUUCAUCCGGGAGGAGAUAACUUGAUUAUCGGUAGUUACGAUAAGAAGGUGUGCUGGUUUGAUAUGGAUCUUGGUUCUCGUCCAUACAAGUCAAUGAGAUACCACGAAAAGGCCGUGCGUGAAGUAUCAUAUCAUCGCCGUUAUCCUCUGUUUGCAUCAUCAUCAGACGACGGCACUAUUCAAGUAUUCUAUGGCAUGGUUUACAACGACUUGCUCCAGAAUCCAUUGAUUGUCCCAGUCAAGAUUCUGAAAGGUCACGAAACUAAGGAUAGUCUUGGUGUCCUGAACAUUGAGUUCCACCCCACACAGCCAUGGAUCUUCUCUUCUGGUGCUGACGGAUCUCUACGACUGUGGACUUAAGAAACACAAACCCCAUAAUAAUAUGCAUUCUGUCUUCUUUUUUUUCUCUAAUCGAUUAAACUUGGUCACCCAAAAAUCUAGCGCGCAUCAUACAUUUUGUUUUUUAACUAUCUUUUUAUACUUUUUUUCAUUUCAACAAAAGCAAUUUUCCUUUAACCUAAAUAUCAACAUAUAUGCUGUUUUGUUUUCAUUUUCGUUUUUUUUUUGGUGGAAACCGGGGAUAGAAAGGGGGGAGACUGACUUAAUCUAAUAUGAUCCUACAGGCGCAAAAAAAAAAAGAGUAAUAUCGUAUGGACUGUUUUUGAAUGGUGAAAUAGAAAAGGUGCAGUUGAU